AUGGCAGACUCUGCCUUUUCUUUGGAUGAUUUGUUCUUUGAAGGACCAGGUGGAAAGCAAAAAUAUCUAGAAAAUGAAGAGCCAACAAACUGGUAUCUUGCAUCUGUUCAAUCUGCUUUUGAAAUUCCACCUACUCAAGAGCUACAAAUGGAAUUGGAAAUAAAUAACAAAAAAGGUAAAUGCCAAUAGUCAAAUUAAUUUCAUUGUUUCUCCUUGACCUUGAUUAAUAAAGUAUAAAUAAAUUUUCCAGAAGGGGAUGGUGAUGAAAGUGCCUGCUCAGCAUUCAGGAAAAGCUUAUUUAAACCAACCAAUUAUACAUAUGCAAAUACAGACAAUACAGAGAGCACCAAUGCCAAGAAAGGAAUUGGCACAUACUGUAAUAUUACUAACAACAGAGAGGUAGAAAAAGAAGACCUCUGGAAAAAGAAUAUGCAGAUAGCUCAGUAUUCAGAUUUUAAUCUGCUUAGUGUAAAUGAUAUUUUUUCUGCUUAUGGAAAUGGAAUUGAAAAAGCUCAGUCAUUUCCUUGUGUUUCAAAGGCUUCUAGCAUGGAAGGAACAUCUGAAAAAAACUUGACGGUUUUGAGGCCUGUCACUGAAAUCCCUAUUCAGUUUAGAAAUAUUUUCAAGGAGUUCCCUUAUUUUAAUUAUAUUCAGUCCAAGGCGCUGGAUGAUCUCCUUUACACAGACAGAAAUUUUGUGAUCUGCGCACCAACUGGUUCUGGAAAAACUGUAAUGUUUGAGCUUGCAAUUACCAGGUUAUUAAUCAAGGUGCCAAUGCCUUGGUCAAAUAUUAAAAUUGUCUAUGUGGCUCCAAUAAAAGCUCUCUGCAGUCAGCGUUUUGAUGACUGGAAAGAAAAAUUUGGACCCAUUGGACUCAUCUGUAAGGAACUAACAGGAGAUACAGCAAUGGAUGAUUUAUUUGAAAUACAGCAUGCCCACAUUAUUUUCACUACACCAGAAAAGUGGGAUAGCAUGACUAGAAAGUGGAGAGAUAACUCUUUAGUUCAGCUAGUGAGACUGAUUCUCCUUGAUGAGGUCCAUGUUGUGAAAGAUGAGAGCCGAGGCGCUACUCUUGAAGUUGUGGUUAGCAGGAUGAAAACUGUUCAGUCUUCUCUUAAACGUGGCGCUGAAAAUCCUGAUUCUGUACUUCCCAUGAGAUUUGUAGCAGUUUCUGCAACAAUCCCAAAUGCAGAAGAUAUUGCAGAAUGGCUUUCAGAUGGCAAGAGACCUGCCGUAUGUCUGAAAAUAGAUGAAAGAUACCGACCAGUGAAGCUUCGCAAAGUAGUGCUUGCAUUCCCCUGCAGUGGCAACCAAACGGAAUUCAAAUUUGACUUAACACUUAACUACAAAGUUGCUAGUAUUAUUCAAACAUACUCUGAACAAAAGCCAACCCUUGUGUUCUGUGCCACAAGGAAAGGAGUGCAGCAGGCUGCUUCUGUACUAGCAAAAGAUGCUAAAUUUAUUAUGAAUAUAGAACAGAAACAAAGGUUACAGAAGUCUGCAAAUUCAGUAAAAGAUGCCAAGCUGAGGGAUCUCUUGAUCUGUGGAGUAGCUUAUCAUCACGCUGGAAUAGAGGUGUCUGAUAGAAAAAUCAUUGAAGCAGCUUUUAAUGUGGGAGACUUACCAGUUCUUUUUACUACUAGUACCCUUGCUAUGGGGGUAAAUUUACCAGCACACCUGGUAAUUAUAAAAUCAACAAUGCAUUAUGCUGGAGGAAUAUUUCAGGAAUACAGUGAAACUGAUAUUUUGCAAAUGAUUGGAAGAGCUGGAAGACCUCAAUUUGACACAUCAGCCACAGCAGUAAUCAUGACAAGGCUAAGUACAAGAGACAAGUAUGUUCAGAUGUUAAAUGGUGCAGAUACAAUAGAAAGCAGUUUGCAUACGCAUCUCAUUGAACACUUAAAUGCUGAAAUAGUGCUCCAUACCAUCACUGAUGUGAACAUAGCUUUAGAAUGGAUACGAUCAACUUUCCUCUACAUCAGAGCUUUGAAGAAUCCAGCUCACUAUGGUUUUGCAACUGGAUUGGACAGAGUUGGAAUUGAAUCAAAACUGCAAGAAUUAUGCUUGAAGAACUUGAAUGAUUUAUCAUCGUUUGAUUUGAUCAAGAUGGAUGAAGAAGUCUAUUUCAAGCCAACAGAAACUGGACGACUAAUGGCUUGGUAUUAUAUUGCAUUUGACACUACGAAAAAGUGUUUCAUGAUUAAUGGAACCGAGACUUUAUCUGAACUGGUCACAUUGAUAUCCAGCUGCAAUGAAUUUUCAGACAUCAAGUUAAGAACAAGUGAGAAAAAAAUAUUGAAUACUUUGAAUAAAGACAAGAACAGGAUAAGCAUAAGAUACCCAAUGGAGGGAAAGAUAAAAACAAGAGAAAUGAAAGUGAACUGUCUUAUUCAGGCACAACUAGGAUGUAUUCCCAUACAAGAUUUCACCUUGACGCAAGACAUAGGCAAGAUUUUCAGAAACGGCAUAAGAAUUACAAAAUGGUUGACUGAAUUUCUGGCCUCCCAUCGAAACAACUUCCUUAUAUUAUUAAAUUCUUUAAUUUUAGCAAAGUGCUUCAGAUGUAGACUUUGGGAAAACUCACUGUAUGUAUCCAAACAAUUGGAAAAAAUUGGUAUGACACUGUCAAAUGCAAUGAUGAAUGCAGGCCUGACAUCCUUCAAAAAAAUAGAAGAUAUAAAUGCAAGGGAGCUUGAACUGAUUUUGAAUAGGCACCCUCCUUUUGGAAAUCAAAUUAAAGAAUCAGUAGCACACCUUCCAAAAUAUGAACUUACUGUUGAACAGCUAGCAAAAUACAGUGAAGAAGUAGCUGAAAUCCUAGUGACAGUCAUAUUAACUAACUUUGAACAGCUGCAGAUGAAGAGAACAGCGCCAGAUUCUCACUAUGUAACCUUAAUAAUAGGAGAUAAUGAUAAUCAGGUGGUUUUUAAGCAAAAGAUUACGGAUUCUGCUUUGCUGAAAAUUGGAAAGUGGACUAAAAAGGUUGAAGUGAGAAGAGCUAUUAAGUCUGAAGAGCUUAGUAUAAAUUUAAUAAGUUCUGAAUAUGUUGGUCUAGAUAUUCAGCAAAAAUUUAAAGCCUUUUACCUAGGACAAAAAGGGUUUGGAAAUAAAAUGAACAUGUAUGGAAAAUUAGAAGGCAAGUGUUUAUCUGAUAGCUAUCAGACUUCCCUAGGAGGAUCACCAGCAACAAGUAUCAAUAAAGGGGUCACUUGUACUGAAAAAACCAUAAAGCAUGGGAAUAGAGAAUGCAACCAUCACUGCAAAAACAAAGAAGUCUGUGGACAUGAUUGCUGUAAAAUUGGAGUUUCACAAAAAUAUGACAUGAGGGAAGAGUCAACAUUUUCUUUGUAUCUUGCUGAUUUGAGAAACCGGAAUGCAGUAUCUGCCGUUCCCCCGGUCAAACGGUUAAAGAUGCAGAUGUUGAAUAAAUCUCAAAAGGUGGAUUUAAAACAAUACAAUUACACUCCUAAAUCUUUUCUUCCAAGAUUGCCAAGGUCAGGGUGUGUACAACAUUCAGAGCUCACUUUAUUGGAUGACGGAAAUGAACCUGAUGUCCAUGAAAAAUUUCCACUGGAAUCAGAAGGUUGGAAAGAGAGUGGUUUCUUUGUAGGCAAGCAGUCUGAAACUUUAAAUGAAAAAAGCCAUAAGACAAUGAUUUCAAAGAAAAAUCUUGGGGAUUCUUUAAUGAACAACUUGACUGAUACAGAUAAAAGCCACUCUUUGCUUUCAGAACCUUUGAAUGUGAACUUUGAAUUAGGAAAUGAUGUUUGGGAUGAUUAUGAUGAUGGGAGUUUAGUACAUGCCAGCACUUUUAUUGCUGGUAUAGAGGAAACUAAAAAUUCAGAAUCUUUUCACAUGGGAUCUAUAAACACAUGCUUCCAAGAUUCAGGAAAAGCUAAAAACUUUUACCAAAAUACACAGAGCAAAAGACCCAGUGAACUUUUAAAAAGUUUUUCCAUAUUUAAAGAAAUAUCUGAUACCUGCCCAGAAACAUCUGACUCUCCUUCCUUGACUCCACCAUUAAAUGUGAAAUCACUUGCAGAAUAUAGAAAUAAACAUAUUUUUGGCUUUCAAGAAGAAUACAGUUCUCCACAAGAACUGAAAGGGGCACAGUUUACUACAGCCUCAGAAAGUCUCUUGGAGUCUCACCAAGUCAUUGGAAAGGGGGACUUUUUCAUAUGUAACAAAAGAAAGACAAAAGAGGCUGAUCUCAGGCAUCCACUUUGUGAUGAUGAUGUUGAGCCUUUUCUUGGAAUAUUUGAUGGCAUUUUCUAA